AUGGGUUUUCUUCGAGCAAUCAAUGUUCGUUUAACAGGGGAAGAAGGUGGUCUUUUCCAUGGUGCUUUGGUGGAAGUUUUGUGGUUGAAAGAUGGUGGGAUUUUGGUCGGAGAUGGGGUGGAGACGCGUCAAUGGCGAUUUUGGGUUUGGGACUUUGGGGAUGUCGACUGCCUUUGGAGAUCCAAUUACAAGUGCAAUGGAGAUAAAAUAUACAGUGAAGGAUGGCAUAUAGCAAUUCCAAUAUACAAUGAUAUGAGCAUGCGCUUGUAUAUGGAGAUGAAAAAGAAAAACCUGAAUAUCACUGAAUAUCCAUUAUGCAUAACAUUGAAAACUGUGUAUUCAAGUGCUGAAUGCUCAUAUUCAAGUUCAUACUCGGGUGGCAACUUACUGGCAACAACUUCGACUGGAAACUUACUCGCAACAACUUCAGUUGGUUUACAAUGUCAGAACGUAGAAGAAGUACACGGAACUAAUAUUGUUGAGAUGAUGGAUAAUCAUGUAAAGGAAGACAAAAUUGAGAUAUUGAAGGGAAAUUGUAUAGUAGACAAUUCACAACAUGAAGAAAUUGCAGAAGGUCAGUUGUAUUGGGACAAAGAUACACUCAUUAGUGUAAUGAAGCACUACGCAAUACGAGAAAAAUGUCAAUUUAUAGUGGAUAGAUCAUCUACAACAAGGUAUUGUCUUAUAUGCGUGGAUGAAAGUUGCAAAUGGAGUCUUAGAUCUUCAAGUCUACACAAAUCAAAUGUCUUCAAGGUUAGACGGUUCAAUGAUGUUCACACUUACCCAGAGAUGACUAGACUGUUUUCACAACGUCAUGCUACUUCGUCUGCCAUUGCAAAAAUGAUUUGCAACAAAUAUGCCAAUCCAAAAAUAAUAUACACUCUGGCAGACAUCAUGAGCGACAUGAAACAACAGUAUGAGAUUAAUAUGAGUUACGUAAAAGCUUAUAGAACAAAAGAAAAGGCGCUUGAACUACUAAGAGGGAUACCACGCGAAUCUUAUAGAAAACUGCCGGGUCACUUGUAUAUGAUAAAUAUGACAAAUCCUGGUUCUUUCACAAUGUUACAUAAAUCAGAGGACGGGCGCUUCAUGUAUGUUUUUGUCGCACUAAAUGCAUCAAUCAUAGGAUGGAAAUACUGUUACCCUAUUGUAGUGGUUGAUGGGACAUUCCUCAAAUCAUCACACAGAGGAACAAUGUUAACAGCUAGCGCACAAGAUGCGGCAGGUGAAUAUGUUGCAGACUCGUAUAAUAAUUAUAUAUGGUUUAGAUAG